GUUUCGCGGCGUUGCUGGCUGUGGCGGGUGGCGGGUGGGAGCGACGGAGAGGAACGAGCCAUGGAGAUGGAUCAGAGAGGGAAGGAGAAAGAACCAAUUAGGGCUGCUUCGGAAGAGGUUUCCCGCGAGUUCAAAACCCUAGUCAGUACGGAAGAUCUUCACUCCCUUAAGCAAUUGCAGCACAUCAUAUUGGGAAGGUUGCAGGAUAGCAAUGCUGUCCUAUCACACUUUAAUGAGUUCUCAGAAAACUGCUUUGCUGAGAUUUCUGGAGAUAUCUCUAGAAAUGCCCGCCUACUGAAGUCUAUGAAGUCAGACCUCGAUUAUAUAUUUCUGAAAUUAAGAAGCAUGAAGUCGAAAAUUGCAGCAACUUAUCCAGAUGCCUUUCCUGAUUAUUCGGCGAAUGAAGUGGUUGAUGGGAGACCAGAUCUCGAAAUGCCCAAGUGACUAAUGCUUGCUUAUGAAGUAGAAAUUCUAGAUCAUGUAAGAAGUUCUAUAUAUACAUGCAUUUGUUUUGUUUUAUGUUUCACGUAAUAAAAGUUCUCUUUGUUGUCUUGA